AUGCCCCGACAGAUGCACGUCUCACUGUUUCUCCUGCUCCUGUUGUUUGUACAGCUAUGCAGCACGAGUGGAAUCCUCGCCGAGGAGUCGACUGAAGUUGUGCUGGAGUUGCCCGUCAAGGGAGAGGAUGCAUCGCAGGCGUACACUGUCUACACGAAGGGACGCAAGCUGAUCCGCAUUAAUACUUCAACGAGGGAUUUGCAAAACACGAAAAAGUACUGCAGCAAGGAGGGGAUGUCGAUCUGGGACUUUGAGGGCAAUCCCAUCAAGUGCCACAACUACAAUGUCCUGAAGACAGAGGAUAUGCAAUACCUGAAGAAUGAUGUCCUUCCGGCAGCCGUGAAAUUGCACGCGGAUCGUCUGCUGGUUGACCGUGUGAAUGGUUCGUUGGUUGUUCCUGAGUUUGAAGAGGAUAGUCUGUGCAGCUACUUUACCGUUCCACCUUCUCACCACUGCAAGGGUGUCAAUAAUACUGACAUGGUACUCUAUGUGGCGGCUAAG